CGCGCGAAUUUUCAUUUUGUUGAUAUUUAGAAGAAAUGGUAGCACUUAGCAUGCUUAGAGGGUUGCUGAUGGGAAGCAGGUAUAAAUAAAGUGAUAAGUUGCAUACUGUGAUGUCAUAGAAGAAGAAAGGAGAAUGAUUAGAUUUGCUGCCUUAAAUUACAGUUCUAGUGAAGAAGACAGCCAAGAUGCUCAAGAAAGAGCCGCUACAAAAGAAGCUGAGGAAUCUGAAGCUUUUAUGCUGUACAACAGAGCCUUAAGUUUACAGAGACAAGGAAAUAAUGAACAGACAGAAGAAGCUUUUAGAGAACUAUUACAACAUCCAUUUAUAACUGAGGCAUUAGAACUGGUUAGAGAUGACAUUGAAGGAUCAUCACAUCCUGCUUUACAGCUGUUGUAUUCCAUACAUAAAAACAUUGCUAACAUGGCUCUUCACAGAAAAGAUUAUAAAGCUGCUAUUCUGUCAUACAUUGAGGCUGUGAAAAUAGACACUACAGAAGUAACAGUUUGGUAUAAGAUAGGAACUAUAGCUAAACAGAUAUACAACUUUCCUUUAGCUAGAAUGGGAUUUGAAAUGGGUCUACACUGUAACGCUAACCACUGGCCAUGUCUUGAUAAUGUAAUCACUUUACUGUAUGCUAUGAAUGAUUACUGGUACUGUCUUUUCUACAUAUCAAAAGCCCUUGUGAAAGACCAUGGGUAUACUAAAGGUCUUGUUCUCAGAAGUCAAAUCUUCAAAGAGGAUCCAUCACUUAGAGAAACUACAAUAAAUAUGUUCAAAGAUUGUGACCCUGCUAUAGAUAACAUAGAGAUUGAUGCUGAAGAUAAAGAAGAGUUUGUCAAUGAGUGUUUAAAGCUGGCUGAAGAAAGAAGACAACUAUCAAAGCCCAAAAUGUUACAAAUGGUCAAAUUACCAGUCCCUAUACAAUUAUAUACGUGGUGUAGCCUAGGAGAAGCCUUGUUGGCAUUAUAUAAGAUGCUGAAGUCUUCAGAUCCUCCUGUUAGUAUGGGAUGUCGUGUGGACUUUUCUGCUUACAAUGGAGAGGAAAAAGUAAAAGAGGCAGAAGAACAGCCAAUGGAAACAGAUGCUGCCAUGACAACCAAUGACAUGAUGGUAGAUGAUGUUGAUGAAGCAGCAGAUCAGUUUGAUUCUAAGACAGUUACCUCCCUUGAACAGUUCCUGUCAAAUUUACCAGCUGACCAAAUGACAGAACUUUUACAGAGUACUCCACCAACACCAAGCUCAGUUACAACAACUGUACAAGAUCACAACACAAGUAUAUCAUCCCCAAUGGAAACAAGUGUCAUAAAACAGGCAGAUAGUGUGCCAAAAGUUGACACAGAUGAUAUCCCUAAAGAAGGGACCCUAUCUGAAAAAAAGGACACUGAAUCGGCAGACAUGUUGUCUAAAGAUGAAAUUUCAGGGGAAACAAAAGCUGAUUCUUCUAUUGAUACUUUAUCCAAGGAACUCUUUCCAGCAGACAGUUUAUCAAAAUCAAAAACUCCUAAGAGAAAGAAAGGUUUCUUGGAGGAUUUUGGUGGGAAAAGAAGAUCUGCGAGGGUUAGAAAUACCAGUAAAAGAAAGGAAGAGGACUGUGUUAAUUUUCAGGGAUUAUUACUCACAUUCUUGCCGUCAACACUCAGGGACUAUGAUGAAGAAGUUAGUGGAUUACUACAGCCAAUGGAAGAAACAUCAGCUGUUAAACCAGCAGAACCUGAAGCAGUAUUGUCUGCUAAAAGUCUUUGUGAUACAGAAAAAGAAGAGAUUCGUCAGUUGUUGCUGACCAUGCAGAAAAAUAGUGGCUGUUUAGAUCUGAUGAUGCAGUUCAUAUUCAAAUUAGCUGAGAAAUCUAAUCUUAAAUGGCCAGUUGGUCUCACUGGUGUUUAUCUGAGGGUAUACAAGAUGGUGAGGAAUCAUUUUGACCUUCCUGAUACUUUUUGUGAUGAUGAAAUUGAUGACAACUUGAUAGAACUUGGAAAGACUUUACUGUUGUAUUCAGAACUGCAGCUUGACCAUUGGACCGCAACCAAAUCCAGAUUCAUGUCUUCUCCCAGACACCCACAAAGUCCAGGAGUUCCCAAAGUGAAGGAAUCUGACCUCCCAGCUUACUACUAUGAUGAUGAAUACUUCAUUUCAGGGAUGAUCUCAAGGCCAGAUGUAUUUGGCAAUUUCUGGUCAGAGUAUUGUGUUAGAGUGUAUUGGUUGAAGGCCAAGUUUUACAUGUUACAAAACAAUAUGGAAGAUGCUGUUUUCUUUUUCAAAAAGGCAUUAUGCUGUCUAAAGGAAUCAUCUGAGACAGAAACUAAUAAAGAAAUACAGAUAGUAAUUCCUAACUGUAGUAUACAUAAAGUCUUAUCUAUAGUGGAAGUAGAAAAGCAGUUGAAAUCAUUAGAAAGAUCUCAAUCAUUUGAUGAAACACAGAGGUUGUAUGAUGCUGGAGAGUAUGACAAAGUUGUAGACUGCCUACUGAAAACAAGUCUGAAUAAGCAGGUUUCUAUGACAACUAGUGCUACAGAAAGAAGAUCACAGCUACUUUUGCUUCAGGAUUCCUUGAUAAAAUUGAAAGAUUAUAAGAGAGCCUUUUUGUGGUCUGAGAUAACCUUAGAUGAAGCAGUCCAAGCUUAUAAGAUGAGUGGGUCCUCUGAGAAGGAGCAGUGGGCAGACACAUUGGUCCAAACAUGUGAAUCUUUGAUACUGAUUAUAAAGAAAGACAAAUUGGUCAUUUCUAGUUUACCUAUAGUCAACCAAGCUAGACUGUCCCAUAAUCUUAUCUACAUGAUAGAUGUUGAAAUGUCAGUUCCUGAUACUUGCAUAGAUAUGCCUAUUGGUACAGUAUUACCAUGGAUACUGUUAUAUAAACUUAUAAAAAAAGAAGAAAGUGAAGCACCAAAACCAGUUAGCCCAGUGCCAGAAGAAUUGGACAGUUCUAUUCCUUCAUCACUUAUGUUACUAAAUAUAGCUCACGAAUAUCUUGGCAGACAUGCUUGGUGUACAAAGUCAGAAGGAGAGUUCCUGCUCUUCUACAUAGGAAUCUUAACCUCAGAAAAAUCUUCGUCAGAAAUAUUCAACGAGGAAUUAGGUCAAGCAGUGGAGCAGUGCUUUUUCUGUUUGUAUGGUCAUCCAACAAAGAAAGGCAGAUAUCGUCAUCUUAUGGACCAUAAUGCACCACAGAUUGAAUUGACAUGGGAACGAACUACCGAUUUAUUUAACUAUUUUAAACCAAAAUCAGUGCCAGAAUUUGACAGUUAUAAAACAGAAGCAGUCCCUGCAGAGGUUGAACAUUUAUUAAGAAGAAUUUGUAAUUUGGUUCCAGAAUCACAAAAGCCAGUAUAUGUGAUUGAUUCCUUACAAGAUUAUAUUGAGGGAACAACUGACACAUUUAAUGAGGAGUCCAUUUACAAUCCAUCGCCUGUAUCUCAAGAGCUUUAUUAUCUGUUGGCUGACUACUACUUCAAAAAUCAUGAACAGGCAAAGGCCAUAAAAUAUUACAUGAAUGAUAUAUGUGUAAAUCCUAGCCGCUUAGACUCUUGGGCAGGUAUGGCUCUGGCUAGGAUGAGUCAGUUAGAACAAAAACUUAAUUCUACUGAACUGAAAAUGGAUUUCCCUGUUCACAAGAAAUCAAUAGCAGCAUUAAGAUGUUUCAGAAGAGCCUUACAGAUAGAUGAGGGUAAUGGUAAACUAUGGAUGGAAUAUGGAUCAUUGGCCUACCAGUUACACUCCCAUUCCUCUAGACAACUCACAUGGAAAUACACCUUUCCAUUAAGUCCUGAGAUGGAACAGAUAGCUACCAACAGUAGACAGGAGAUGUUACGGACAUCCUAUAACUGUUACAGAAAAGCCAUCGAGUGUGAGAACGAGGAGGAAUGGUUACAGCAUUACAUGAUAGGCAAAUGUUUGGAGAAAAUGAAAAAGUCACCUGGGGAUUUCCUAAAACAUUAUGAACAGGCAACUGAAUGUUUAUAUGAAGAGAAUGCACCCUAUCCAAAGAAGAUAGCCUAUGCCUAUUCAACACCACAUCUAGCUGUAGAAGCAUUAGAGAUGUUUUAUAGGCUUCAUUCCUCUAUUUUGAAACUUAUAUUAGACAAACAUCAACCUGACACAGAUUAUCAGUUAUUUGAACGUUUUAUAAACAAGGCAGCUGCUAGUCCAUUUGCAAGUGCUAAACAAAAAAAUGAAGAAUUGUUAGAUAGUAAAGAAACAACUGGCAUGGAAAAUAAGGCUACAGAUACAACAAAAGCUGCCCCUUCCUCAUCACAAGACCAUACAUACUCCAAACAGAAACAGAAAAUGUCUCUUCUUCAGGCACCAUCAGGAGUGGUCUCUCUUGAAAACUCAUGCAGUGAUUCAGUCUCACAAGAAUCUGCUUACAUGUCAUCUGAUCCAGUUAGCCAGUCAUAUGAUGUGUCAUAUGAUGUUUCAGCAGAUUCAAGUAGUCAACCAAUGGAGUUAGGUCUUACAUAUCAGAAAGACAAAGUAGAAUCAUCCCAAACAAGUUUUUCAAACAGCAGUUCUGUGGGUUCUUUGAGCAACUCUGAUCUUAUUAAAUCUAAGUCUAAAACAUUGGAGCUAUCAGAAAAUGACAUGAGAGAAGAGAUCACCAAUGUUGAAAAAUUAGACAGUUUUUUAUCAACAGAUUCAGAGAGUGCUAACAAAUUGAACCAAAUUGAACUAUUAAAAAAAUAUGACAAAGCCAGUGAUAGUCCUCUAAGUAUAGGCAGUUCUGAUAUCUAUGAAGAUGACGAGGGUAAUAUUACUGUGACUGCUAAACUAGAGAACAUUGGAAGGUCAUCAUCAUCAGACGGGGAGAUGAGCCAAUCAAAACCAAAGGAUGAUAAUGUUGGCAUGUCAACAGUUUUAUCAAGACAGAGUUUUGGAUUUGAGCCAAUGAUUACUGAUGAACCAGAUGUUGCAAAGGAAACCGAUGGUGUCAAAAUGGAUGUUGAUGUUCAAAGCCAUAUUAACGAAAACUCACAAGAUAUCAAUGAUAGUGUUGCCACUGCUCUUGAAAAUGUUGUAUCUACAGUUGAAACGGUUGACAGUAUUCUGUCUGAUGUAACUCUUAAAAGUGAAAUACCUAAGGUAGAAUCCUUAGAACAAAGUGCUGACAAAGACAUUGUGAAGGAAAACCAGGACAUUGUACGGCAGUCUGAAAAUGUCGACAAUAUCCAGGCCAGAAAUGAAGAUGAUAGUAAACUUCGAUCUCAGGUUGAAGGCAAAGUUGAUACAGAUAGUGGUAUUUUCUCACAUAAAGGGGACAAUGAAUCACAGAGUGAUAACACAAGUACAGAAAUAAACAAAAAACCAGAUGUUGUCAUGACAACUGAAAGGAAAAUGUCUCUUCAUCCUCCUUAUGAUUCACAAAGUUCUGAGGAAGAACAAAAAUCUGACAUGGAAGGCAUGAAUAAAUCUGUUACCAGUAAUACUGCAGAAUUGUCAACAUCUGUUACAUCUCUAUGUCAGUAUGAGUCAACAAGUUCAGAAGAUGAAGGAGUUGGUAGGGUUGGAAAAGCGAGUGAAAAAAGUCCAGAAAAAUCGCAAGUCCAAAUACUGUCAGCCAAUGUGUCAUUGUGUGCUGAUUACGACUCGCUUAGCUCAGAAAAUGAUGACAUUGAAAAUGGAGAAUCAGAGGAAGAUAAAAAUACUUCAGCAGCGAAAAAGGGGGAAAUAAGAACACUUGGUACGUCAUUUGAUGAUGUGUCACAUGAUCAUAAUGUUAAUGUUCUCGAGAUUAGUGAAGGUGGAAUAAGUGGCGAUGUAACUGUACAGGACAAUAAAGUUAAGCCGCAGAAUGGAAAAGUACAAAAUGAUGGACAAGAAAAGGUGGAAACUGACCAGAAAAGUGCUAUUUGUCAGUCUGAGGGGUCUGCAUCCAAAUCUACUGCAGAAAUAAAAGACACAGACAAUGUACAAAUGGAAAUAGAUAAAAUGUUGGACAGUUUAGGUCAGUGUAAGGAUACUAAUCCAGAAACUCAUGGAAAACCUGAGGAAAAGGUUGCUCAAGGUCAAAGUUUAGGAAAUGUUGAAAGUCAGAAAGAAGAUGCAAAAAGUGAGGUUGGAAUGGAAGUUGAUGAAACCUCUGUAAAGAAGGAACCUGAUCAUUCACAAAAUACUAAAACUGAAAGUAGUAAAAGUGAUGAAAGUAAAAUGGAAACAAAUAUUGAAGGAAAAGUUGAAGAUUCAUUUAUGAAAGAAGAUUCAGAAAAACAGAAAGAAACCUCUGAUUAUAAAGAUAAAGAAGAGAAUACAGAAAAGAUGGAAUGUGGUGAGAUCUUUAAUAAAAGUGAUCUAAAGAAUGACACAGCAGCAGAUGGAAAAUCUGGUUCAGAGAUCUUAAAAGAAACUGAUGGAAAAGAUGGAGAGAAAGAAAUUUGUGAAAAGAAGGAAGAUAUUUCAGAGAAGGAAAAUGAAGUAAAAUUAAGUGGUAAAACAGGAGAACAACUACAUAAAUUGUUGAUAGAGAAAUGUAUGGCAGCUUUACAUUUAUGUUUGUCUCGAUUUCCAACACAUUACAAAUCUAUGUACAGAUUGGCCGAUGUUUAUGUCAACUCACCAUAUCAUAAGAACUUGAAGUUUGCCCAGGAUUUGUUGCUUGGGUCAUCCAACUGGCAGCAGCAAAGUCACAUGCCUGCACAGGGAUUAUUUGGGGACAAGAAACAGAACAAUUUUUUCCAGGGUAUAUGGAGGAUACCUAUAGGUGACAUUGACAGAUCAGGAAGCUUUGCCUCUCACAUGAACAGAUCAGUCAUGUUAUUGUUGGAGGUUUUGAGGCAGAGAAGAGAGUUAACACUGAUGUAUCAGAUACAUUUAUGGAUGAAUAGGUCUCCUGAAUCAGGAAAAAAAUAUCUAAGAGAUUCAGAGAGAAUCCUGUUUGUUAAGAUGUCCUUCAGAUUAUGUUGGGAAAUCAUUGAUGAAAGAAAUGCAGAAUUAACAAAAAUGGUAGACAAAGAAAAGCUGGAGAAAAUUUUAUUGGAGGUUUAUAAAAUCUGGAAUUAUGGGAAUUCUUCAAAGAUGAAGAAUGAUAUAGGGCUUGAUACAAACAAGAUAUUUGGGGAGACUUACAAAGCUGCCAUGAAAGAUCGGAUUGCUGCUGAUCGUCCUCUGUUUAAGCAGGCUGUAGAUUUCUGUCAGCACUACAAUCAGGUUAAAAUUCAGUUGCAGAAAGCUAAUCAGGAAGGUCAGAAUAUUGGGAACAGAUCAGAAUCUUUAUUUUCACCAUCUCGUUUAUCUUUUUCAUCAUAUUCACCAGUAAGAUCAACUGCAAUGCAGUCACCUAGUACACAGAGUCCAAGCAUAACAGCAUCACCCCAGCAACAAUCAAAACAACUUCCAUCUACCAUGCCUUCUCAGAUUGUAGUAGUAGACAAAGACAAAAGAGAGCUGUCUGCUACAUCAGGCUCCAGCAAACAGUCUCAGUCACAGUUGGCGUAUUUAACAAAACCAUUAGAGACAUUAAGAACCACACAGUCUCAAGUUUUGGUUAAGAAGCUACCAGAAAAGGCCUUUGUACCUACUGUUCAGCAAAAAGAUCCUAGAUCCAUGCAUGCCCCUUCAAUCCAGCAAAAAGAUUCAAGGCCCACACAUGUGAUGGCAAUUCAUCAUAAAGAUGCAAAGCCAAUGUCUAGAAAACCAGCAACAAACCCAUUUGAAAAUCCAGUUGUUGAAACUUUAGUUAAGGACAUAAAUCCUGCAUCAAUAUUUGAAACAUUAUUAGCAAAUGAGUUUGGCACUGAGUCUGAAGAUCAGGAGAAAGUCAAAAACCCUGAUGAAGUGGAUGGGUCAGCCAAGAAAGCUCAUAUUUCAACAGUUACAGAUCAUUAUACAAAGAAACAGACCAUUGUUGUGUCAAAGUCAAGCAAUCAACCAAUCAUUUGUAAAGUUGAUGAUUCAAAAGGAGGCUUAAAUAUUAUUUCACCAGAGUUUGGGUCAUUGGAAGUUUUAUCUCCAAAUACACCUUGUCCAGACACAAUGAAAUUCAGUAUUCCAUCAAAAGAUCCCAAAACCAAAACAACAAUUGUUAUAACAAAAAGAAAACCACCACUAAAAAUUACAGAACCGAUAGAAAUAUCUUCAUCAGAUGAUGAAGAAGACUUAAAAAAAUCAGAAACAACAUAUUCUGUUGCUAAGACCAUAGGGAUCACAGUGCCAACAGAAAGCAAACAGCAAACAACAUCAUUAACAUCAGCAGCAAUUCCUAAAACAACAUCAUCAACAUCAGCAGUAAUUCCAAAAACAACAUCAUCAUCAUUCCCAAAGAUAAGUCAAAUAAAGAAACCCCCACAGCAAGUUCAUAGAAGUGUGAUUAAGUUAGAUAACUUAGAUUCAGCAGAAGACAGUAUCCCCUCAUCAUCAGAGUCUGGCUCGGUCUAUGUUCCAGAUGAUAGUAGUUCUGAUAGCAUACCUUCCUCUCCUGAGCCAACCAAUUGUAGACUUGAUGAAAUAACCGGAUUGUUCAUUCCACCUGAUGUCAAAUUUUUCAAAGACAACAAAUUAGUAGAGGAUGAUAAUUAAAAUAAAUGUGUUUGUAAUCAUUCUUAA